AAACCAAAAACACAGCUCUCAUCUUCUUUACUAAACACACACUCCUCAGCUUUCAUUUCUGCCCUCCAAACCCAAAUGGGUCGAAGGUCAAGCCUCACCACCACCGUCGUGGCGGCUGUUCUGCUGGUAACGAUGUUCGGUUCAGCCUACUCAGGCAACUUCUUCGACGAGUUCGACCUCACGUGGGGUGACCACCGUGGCAAAAUCUUCAACGGAGGAAACAUGCUGUCUCUGUCUCUUGACCGGGUUUCCGGGUCGGGUUUCAAAUCCAAGAAAGAGUAUUUGUUCGGAAGGAUCGAUAUGCAGCUCAAACUCGUCGCCGGAAACUCGGCCGGCACCGUCACAGCUUACUACUUGUCAUCACAAGGAGCAACACAUGAUGAGAUAGAUUUCGAGUUUCUUGGGAAUGAGACAGGUAAGCCUUAUGUUCUUCACACCAAUGUCUUUGCUCAAGGGAAAGGCAACAGAGAACAACAGUUUUAUCUCUGGUUUGAUCCAACCAAGAACUUCCACACUUACUCAAUUGUCUGGAGACCUCAACACAUCAUAUUCUUGGUGGAUAAUUUGCCUAUUAGAGUGUUCAACAAUGCAGAGAAGCUUGGUGUUCCUUUCCCAAAGAGCCAACCAAUGAGAAUCUACUCGAGUCUAUGGAAUGCAGACGAUUGGGCUACGAGAGGUGGUCUAGUGAAAACCGACUGGUCCAAGGCUCCUUUCACAGCUUACUACAGAGGAUUCAAGGCCGCGGCUUGCACCGUAUCUUCAGGCUGUGAUCCCAAGUUCAAGAGUUCCUUCACUGAUGGUAAAUUUCAGGUGGCAAAUGAGCUCAAUGCUUAUGGCAGGAGGAGACUUAGAUGGGUGCAGAGAUACUUCAUGAUCUAUGAUUAUUGUUCUGAUCUCAAAAGGUUCCCUCGUGGAUUCCCUCCUGAGUGCAAGCGGUCCAGAGUCUGAUGAAAAAACACAUAUGAUUCUGUGGUUUCUUGAUGCAAUUUCUUCUCUGUAAUUUUUAAGAUUGGUUUCUUUUCUCUGUUGUUCUUUCAUUGUACAUUCUCAAGGUCAAUAAAGCUCUGUCCUCUCC